AUGAGAAGGGGCGAGAGUGUUGCUGCUCGUCUCGAAAGACCUGACAUCAGUAAGGAAGGAAGGAUUAAUGAAAACACACGACAAAGGGAUGGAUUUUUUAGGUCCAUAGAUUCUGAAUCUGUAGAAGGAUUUCCUAUGAAUAUCCGUGGAGCUGAGGAACAAAACCUAGAAUGGACAAGAAACGUUGCCAUAGACAAGAGCAUCAACAUGGCACAUAUCCAGACAAUAAGGCCUGCCGAACAUUUCAUAUACAUCGAGAACAAAUACUUCAUUGAGCAUGUGGCAACCAUCGAGGAUUGGUUUGAAAACAUCGAAAAUAUGGUGUGCUUGAGUUAUGUUAAUCGCAUGGCCGAAGAUAAUUGGAAAAGAUACACAAAUAAGCCAUUCACUCCAUUACAAGGCCAUAUCUUGAAAUACCCGGCCCAUUGGAGAAUUGACGUUGAUGGUAAUGUAAAACCAAUGUUGGGGCACGACGUAGCAAACCAACUCCUCAAGGUCCAUCAUGAACCUUGGCUGAUAUGUCUUGUCUCUUUCCAUGUGCUGCUGCUAUUAGUAGCUUUCUUGUCACGAAAGAACAUCAACUUUCAGAUGUGUUUGUUCCUUCUCGCACUUGGAGGUGUGUAUUUUGCCGAGAGGCUGAACCAGUUCUUGGCUGGCAACUGGAGAAGCUUUGCGGGCCAGAACUAUUUUGACGCGAACGGGCUGUUCCUCUCUGUACUUUGGUCUGGGCCGCUACUGGUAAUUGCGAUCGUGAUCUUGGUGAACACUUUGUUUUCACUGUGUUAUCUGAUAGUGAGGUGGAAAAGAGCUGAGCUCAAGCAUCGGGCACGAAUAGCUCGGAGUAAAGAGGAAUAG